AUGACCGAGACCGUGUCCUACCCUUCUCCCUCAGAUCCCACAUUGUCCCGGUCAUCCUUCACCAUCGAUUCCACAAUCGCGAUUCGACUCAUCAUGGCGUCGGCAUUCGCUAAUUUCAAACAGAAAAUGAACUCUCUCCGCAUUGAAGCGGAUGAGAACGCGGCAAAGGCAGAAGAGCUGAAAGCCAAAGUCAAGGCCUUGGAACAAGAGAAUCUCCAGAAAGAGCAGGAGAUCACGUCCCUGACACAUCGCAACCAACUCCUCGAGGCCGAAGUCGAGAAGCUUGAAACGGGCAUUAAGGAAGCCAAGGCUGCUGCCGGAGAAGCCUCACAACAUGGUCAACAGAAUGAAGCUCUCACUCGAAGACUCCAGCUACUCGAGGAGGAGGCUGAGGCCGCGGACAAGACGCUGAGAGAAACCAAUGAAAAACUUCGACAGACAGACGUCAAGGCUGGCCAUUUCGAACGCAAGGUCCAAGCCUUGGAGCAAGCACGAGAUGAGUGGGAGAACAAGUACGAGGAAAUGGCCAAGAAACACGCGGAUCUUCAAAAGGAACUGCAAGAAUUGGAACAGAGCAUGGGCAAUAUCUAA